AUGGCCUCGAAUCCGAUGGAUCACAAGGUCACCAUGCGUCGCGCCUUGGAUCUUGCACGCAAAUCACCACCCAAGCCCACCAACUUCCGAGUCGGGGCUGUCCUCGUGCGCCUCUCUGACGGUCACAUCUCUGCGGAGGGGUACACCCUGGAGCUUCCCGGAAACACACAUGCUGAGGAAUGCUGCCUCCUUAAGCUGGCAGAGGAGCACUCCACAUCGGAGGAGCAGCUUGCCGAGUCCAUCAAGGAGCUCCAUGUGCUGUACACGACGGUCGAGCCGUGCUUCAAACGUCUGAGUGGCAAGCUUCCGUGCGUGGAGCGGAUCAUUCGGCAGAAAUCUUGGAUCAAGACUGUCUACGUCGGCGUCCAGGAGCCCGAGACUUUUGUCGGUCAGAACCCGGGUCGGAAGCUGCUCCAGGACGCUGGUCUUGAGGUGGUUGCCGUCGAGGGCCUAGAGGAGGAGAUCCUCUCCGUUGCCACGGCUGGCCAUGUCACCUCCGAUGCUUGA